AUGUUGCCAUUCUACUCUGCUUUGCUGCUGUUACUCCUCGGCAGCGUCACAGCUCAAGUCACCUUCCAGAACUCCUCCACGACAAGACUACGGGUGGACAAUGGGACCUACGGGCCUGACAUUGAGGAAGUGCACUACUACUACGAUCAAUGGCCCAUCGGAAUUGCAGUAGCCUCAGAUGGGCGAAUCUUCACGAGCUACACUCGAGGGACGUACCGCUACACCCUAGGCACAGUGGUCAACAAGACCGCUGAACGACCGUACCCAUCAUUGGACCUCAACCUGCCGCUUGACCAGCUCAACACGAGUUACAAUGGCAUACCCUUCGGCUCCGCCAACUCAUCAGGCUUCAUCUCGGUCCAGGCACUUUACAUCACCACCCAAACUUCUUCCCGCCCAGAGACGCUCUGGGUUCUCGACACAGGCCGCCCGACCGUCUACAACGGCCAAGGCGACCCAUCUAUGCCGUACGCUCAACCCGGAGGCCCCAAGCUGGUCGCCAUCUCCCUCUCAAACAACACCAUCUAUCAAACCUACACCUUCCCGUCCGAUGUCCACUAUCCCGACAGUUACCUCAACGACCUGCGCUUCGACUUUCAUUCCAACCUCUCCGGCACCUCAGGCAAAGGAAUUGCCUACCUGGUCGACAGCUCCAAUGAAGGCCGACCGGGCUUCAUCAUGGUCGAUCUCGGCACGGGCGAGUCCUGGCGACGAUUGACGCAGGACUAUUCCGUGCUGAGAGGCUUCAAUGAUGUGCCGAGCUACCAAGGGCAGCCGUUCUAUCUCAGGCAGAGUGGCAUGCCGAUCCAGUGGCAGGUGGAGGGACUUGACGGCAUCCAACUAAGUCCGGAUGGGGAGAGGAUGUACUAUAGUCCGCUGUCGACGAACUAUCUGUACUCAGUCCCGACGCAGAAUCUCCGUGCGAGGGACAGCAACCGACUGGCCGAAGUACAGGCUCACGCGAAUGUUUCUUCGCACGGCCAACGAGGCGGCAACGCCAAUGGCUUCGAAGGAGACUCGAACGGGCUGAUCUACCAACUGAUGCCAGAGCACAAUGCGGUCUACUAUUUUGAUCCGAACGAUGGAUUGACGCAUGGCUUUGUUCGUGAUCCUAGAAUCAUCUGGCCUGAUGGUGCCAGCAUUGGCGCUGAUGGAUACAUCUACCUCAACAUCAAUCAGCUGUUCUUCCAGCCUGAUUGGAAUUUUGGUGUUGAUACACGAGAGCAUCCGGGAGCGAUACUGAGGUGCAAGUUGCCGAAUGGAGGGAGCAAAAUCACUAGUCUGUACAACUGA